GACAGCGCGACGGCCAAUCGCCGUCCUCACCGUGUUGAAUGUGUGACACGAGGCGGCAGACGGACCAACAGCAGAGUGGAAACAGGGCGGGCUCUGGCGUUACCAAGGCGCCACGCAUAAAGGGAACAACAUGGAGUCCCAGCGGCUGUUUAUGUUUCCUUAAAGAAAAUCGCACAGAGGGCGUCGAGCAAGACUAAAGCAAAAACUCAAUUUUGACUUUUAUUCAACGUUUGGUUCACUUUCACUUUUACCCGGCCGCCCAUGGCAUGUGAAUCGCAUGUUCACUAAUGUGCCAGUUUUACAAAUGGAAAGGGGGCUUCUCUUCAGUCAGGUGAGCGUCUCGCUGGUCCUGCUCCUCCUGCUGGGGGUCGAGGCUGUCGUCGGGACCUCCAGAGGCUGCCCGGGCUCCACGGUCUGGAGGGAGCCGCCGUCCGGCGCGCCGGGCCCCGGGGGCUCGUCGUCCGGGGACGACGGGGUGAUGGAGCGGCACUACGGCCACCCGGGCGCCCUGGUCACCGGGGCGGGAGGAGGAGGAGACGUGACUGUGGAGGACGACGAGAACUGGGCCGCGACCGAGGGUGACGAGUCGUACGCGGACGGGGAAGAGACCGUCCGACAGUCGAGGUCUCUGGUGAUCAUCUCCACGCUGGACGGCCGGAUCUCGGCCCUGGACCCUCACAACCAGGGCAGGAAGCAGUGGGACCUGGACGUAGGCUCCGGCUGCCUGGUCUCCUCCAGCCUCAGCAAACCAGAGGUGUUUGGGAACAAGAUGCUGAUCCCCUCUCUGGACGGGGACCUGUUCCAGUGGAACCGGGACCGGGAGACCAUGGAGGCGGUGCCCUUCAGCGUGGAGUCCCUGCUGGAGUCGUCCUACCGGGUGGGGGAGGACACGGUGCUGGUGGGGGGGAAGAGCCUCACCACCUACGGCCUGGGGGCGUACAGCGGCAAGCUGCGGUACAUCUGCUCCACCGUGGGCUGCAGUCGCUGGGAGGAGGAGGAGGUGGAGGCUGUGGAAGGAGAAGACGUUCUGCUGCUCCAGAGGACCCAGAAGACCGUCCGGGCGGUGCGACCGCGCUCGGGGCUGGAGAAGUGGAACUUCAGCGUGGGCAACUUUGAGCUGAAGUUCGUCCCGCAGAUCCAGUCGGGCCUCCACUUCCUGGAGGGCGGGCUGGGGAGCGGGGACUCGUGGCGGGAGGAGAGGAAGGACAGCCAGCGGGUCAUCACGGAGGACCCCCAGAAGGGGGCGCGGGAGGGGCCGCAGCCGAACCCCCGGCCCCUGGACCUGGACCUGGACCUGGACCUGGACCUGGUCAUCAAGGUCUCGGUGCCGGACUGGAAGGUCAUGGCCUUCAGCACCCAGCCCAGCGGACAGCUGGUCUGGGAGCACCAGUUCUGCACGCCCAUCGCUUCGGCGUGGCUGGUGGGCGGGGGCAAGGUCACACCAAUCAGCUUGUUCGAUGACACGGCGUACAGCAGCCAAUCAGACAUGGAGGAGGAGGAGGAGGACGAUGACAUCAUGGAGAAGGCCAGGGGAGCCACGCAGUCCAGCGUGUACCUGGGGAUGUUCCAGGGCCAGCUGUACCUUCAGUCCUCCGUGAGGAUCUCGGAGAAGUUCCCCUCCAAAGCUCUGGGGGAGAAGGAGGUCAUCCCCCUCCCCACGGUCAAGUGGAAGCCUCUCAUCCACUCGCCCUCCCGGACCCCCGUGCUGGUGGGCUCGGAGGAGUUCGACAAGUGUCUGAACAACGACAAGUUCUCCCACGACGAGUACAGCAACGGGGCGCUGUCCAUCCUGCAGUACCCCUACGACAACGGCUACUACUUCCCGUUCAGCCGGCGGUACCGAGGGAAGCGUGACGGCGCGGUGAGCGUGAUCCGGCCGGCGGACGGCGUCGGCGAGGGCCCCCAGCGCCGGCGGAAGGACCCGGUGCUGCUGCUGCCCUGGUGGAAGGAGAUCCUGGGCACCAUCGUCUUCUGCAUCGCCGCCACCACCUACGUGGUGCGCAAGUUCUUCCACCCGCCCGCGCCCGCCGCCUACGCACGGCAGCGGAAGGAGUCGGAAACGCAGUGCCAGACCGACGCCAAGUUCGACCUUGCGGUGGUGGAGACCAGGGAGAUGGUUGCCAUAGAGACGCGCUCCAGCGAAUACGUGUCCAGGUACCUGACGGACUUCGAGCCGAUGCAGUGUCUGGGGCGCGGCGGGUUUGGCGUUGUGUUUGAAGCCCGCAACAAGGUGGACGACUGUAACUACGCUAUCAAGAGGAUCCGCCUGCCCAACAGGGAGGUGGCCCGGGAGAAGGUGAUGCGGGAGGUGAAGGCGCUGGCCAAGCUGGAGCACCCCGGGAUCAUCCGCUACUUCAACGCCUGGCAGGAGACCCCCCCCGAGGGCUGGCAGGAGGAGAACGACCAGCGCUGGCUGGACGCCAGUACCACCGACUGGCCACUGACGCUCCCCGACCACCUGGAGGCGCUGUCGGUCAAGGUGCCCGUGUCCAGCUCCGUCUCGCCGGCCGCGUUCGGGCCGGGCGGCGACACGUCGGCCAGCGCGGCCGGGGGUCCCCCCCGGGGCCCCGAGGACAGCCUGGCCUCGGAGCAGGACAGCCAGGCCGCGCCGGAGGCCUCGGACACCCCCCACUCCUUCGAGCUGUGCCCCCGGCGUUGCCACGGCGACUGCACCUCCUCCUCCUUCGACAUCGUGUUCGAGGACUCCGGCUGCGACCGCGACGCCGACGGCGAGGGGGGCGACUCGGUCUCCGAGGGCAACAGCCCCGGCACGCUGACGGAGAAGGCGGACAGCUCCUCCUCCACCUCGUCUUCCUCCUCCUGCACAAGGGGCCUGGAGAACGCGCCACCCGCCUCCUCCUCGCCCCCCAGGCCCAACUCCCUCGCCCUGGCCAUCCCCGCCCAGACCCCCGCCAGGAACCAGCCUUCGCCCAAGGUGUACCUGUACAUCCAGAUGCAGCUGUGUCGUAAGGACACGCUGAAGGACUGGAUGGCCCAGCGCUGCAGUCCGGACCAGAGGGAGCGCACCGAGUGUCUGGAGGUCUUCCUCCAGAUCGCUGAGGCCGUCGACUUCCUGCACAGCAAGGGUCUGAUGCACCGAGACCUCAAGCCGUCCAACAUCUUCUUCACCAUGGACGACGUGGUGAAGGUGGGCGACUUCGGCCUGGUCACGGCCAUGGACCAGGAGGAGGACGAGGACGAGCCGGCCCCCCUCACCCCCAUGCCCGCCCUCACCCGCCACACCGGCCAGGUCGGCACCAAGCUCUACAUGAGCCCCGAGCAGCUGUCGGGGAACUCUUACUCGCACAAGGUGGACAUCUACUCCCUGGGCCUCAUCCUGUUUGAGCUGCUCUGGCCCUUCAGGACACAGAUGGAGCGGAUCCGGACGCUGACGGAGGUGCGGGCUCUCCAGUUCCCCGACGCCUUCUCCAAAAACAACGUUCAGGAGCUGGGCAUGGUGCGCAGCAUGUUGUCCUGGAACCCCUCGGAGCGCCCGGAGGCGGCCGACAUCACGGAGACCCCCCUCUUCCAGGACCUGGAGCUGCCCUGCCGCCCCGCCAUGAGGCAGCGCUCACGCACCUACAGCGCCUCCUCCAUGGGCCGGCCCGCACGCCAGUCCUCCUCUUCCUCCUCCUGAAGACC